AUGGUAACUACAACCUUCUUCAACAUAUGUAGGCACCGAAUGAAAGGUGACGUGACACUGUGGCUCCCAGGCACAGACCACGCUGGAAUCGCAACCCAGUCAGUGGUGGAGAGGACCUUGUACAAAGAAGAAAACCUGAAGCGCCACGAUCUAGGAAGAACAAAAUUCGUAGAAAAAGUCUUUGAAUGGAAUGAUAAAUAUGGAAACAACAUCAAAAACCAACUCAAGAGAUUGGGAGCUUCGUUGGAUUGGACCCGAGAGGUAUUUACCAUGGAUCACCCAAGGUCAAACGCAGUAAUCGAAGCCUUCGUUCGUCUGUACGAUUCCGGGCACAUUUAUCGUAACACCCGAUUGGUCUCGUGGUGCCCUUUUCUCUCCACUGCCCUCUCAGACAUUGAAGUUGAACCCAUGGAAAUCACAUCUCCAACAUUCCUUACUAUUCCAGGCUAUGAUUCAUCUGUGGAAGUUGGAUCGUUGUGGAUUUUUCAGUACCCGGUGCUAGUGGGAAAUGAGACGCGUCACCUCGCAGUUGCCACUACGAGGUUGGAGACGAUGCUAGGUGAUGUAGCAGUGGCUGUGAACCCAGAAGAUGCCAGGUACAAAGAAAUGGUAGGCUGUAAGAUAAGGCACCCGUUUUUCCCGGAUAGAGAAAUGGUAGUGGUCGCUGACCCUCACGUAGAUAUGGAGUUUGGAACAGGAGCAGUUAAAAUAACCCCAUCACAUGACAAGAACGACUAUGAAAUAGCAAAGAGACAUGGACUUCCGUUUUUGAACAUUUUCACAGAUGAUGGGAGGAUAAACGAAAACGGAGGAGAGUUUUCAACAAUGCACAGGUUCCAGUGCAGGAAAGUACUUGAGAAAAGGCUGAAAGAGAUUGGGUUGUUCGUAGAUAAGAAACCUAACACCAAGCCGAUGAUGGUCCCAAGAUGUUCAAGAACAGGUGACAUUGUGGAAUAUAUGUUAAUUCCACAGUGGUACGUUAACUGCAAGGACUUGGCUAAGAGAGCAAUUGAAGUUGUUAGAAACGGCUCACUUAAGAUCAUCCCAUCCUCAUACGUCUCAGUAUGGAACCAGUGGCUUGAGAAUAUUCAGGACUGGUGUAUUUCAAGACAGCUCUGGUGGGGACAUAGGAUCCCUGCAUACAGAUUGACAUCCUCUUCUAUCCCAGAUUCAGAAGAAAGGUGGGUUGUGGGUAGAGAUUUCGAAGAAGCGCAGGAACGUGCACAAAAGCUCUUCCCAAACUUACCCGACCUGACCCUAACCCAGGAUGAAGAUGUGUUGGAUACUUGGUUUUCAUCGGGAUUGUUCCCUCUUAGUACACUGGGAUGGCCAGAUACCAAUACUUCUGAUUUUAAGUCGUUUUUCCCCACUAGUCUACUCGAGACAGGAAAUGACAUUAUCUUCUUCUGGGUCGCGAGGAUGGUCAUGCUCUCUCUCCAUUUCGUAGAUAUGCUUCCAUUCAAUGAGAUUUAUAUGCAUCCACUGGUUAGGGAUUCCAGAGGUGAAAAAAUGAGUAAGAGUAAAGGCAACGUUGUUGACCCCAUCGACAUCAUUGAAGGAACCACUCUUGAAAGGCUUAACCAGAAUAUUUUGAAUUCUUCACUACCUCAGGGUGAGAUAAAGAGGGCGUUAGCAUUACAGAAACAGCAGUUUCCUGACGGAAUUCCCAUUUGUGGUGUAGAUGGGCUGAGGCUUGGACUACUAGCACUAAUGAGGCACAACAGAGCAAUUCUACUCGACGUGAACAAACUCGUGUCGUCAAGACAUUUUGGAAACAAAAUAUGGAACGCGACCAAAUUUGCUAUUCUUAGGACAAAGUUCUUCAGACCAUCUUUACAACACACUUAUAACCAUUAUAACACGGUCAAAUCCUAUAAGGGUGAUAACAGCCUCGAGUGCAAAUUCAAAUGGGAAGAUAAGUGGAUCCUGCACAAACUCAAUCAAUACAUCAAACGGGUAACUGAUGGAUUGGAAAGCUAUCAAUUUUAUGAAGUGGUUCAGGCAACAUAUGAUUUCUGGUUAUAUCAGUUGUGUGACGUAUACCUGGAACUUGUAAAAAAUAGACUCCCUUCAGUAAUUGAUGACUCCUCAUUCGUCCCUACACCACAGUCUAACGGAGCAGCGUUUAUAAUACACACAUGCUUUAGCGAGUCCCUGAAACUACUUCACCCAAUCAUGCCAUUUAUAACCGAGGAACUCUAUCACCACCUGCCUGAGUACCUAAGGAAACACGACUCGAUUUCUAUCUCCGCGUUCCCGAAACCCAACCUCGACUGGGAGAACGAAGCACUAGAUGCUGAAAUGGAUAUAUUAUUCUCAGUGGUACACAGCUUCAGAUCACUGGCAACAACACUAGGACUUGCACAGAACACAAACAAGGUUGGAUUCUUAACCACCGACGAAACAACACACCGCAUAUUACAUGAUAAACUCCACCUCAUAGAAACACUCUCCAAAUUCAAAUCGAUAACAGUUGCGAAUAGCACGAGUCCGGAGCUGUGUCAUUGCGUUCAGAAUGUAGUCUCAUCAUCUAUAGUGACGUAUAUCAACGUUGACGAAAGUGUGGAUUUGGUCAAAACCUCGUCAAUGCUCAAUGACAGACUCGGCAAGACAAACAAGAUGGUAUUUUUAAAAAUAAUUUUAAAAAAUAAUUUUCAGCUUGAGUCGUACCUUAAGAAGCUAGAGCUGCCCAACUACGAGGACAAGGUCCCGCAGGACGUCAGAGCACUCAACGACUCUAAAAUCAAGGAGCUUUCCCACGAGAAAAAGCAACUUGAGGAAGCGAUUAGGGACCUGGAAAGACUCAAACUCAACAACUUUAAAUAG